AGAAAACCAGAGAAAUGGGAGCCAAAGUGGAGGAAUUAAGGUAAGAAGACUCAGAAAAUGGAAAGAUUCGCUUACUUGUUUCUCUCUCUCUCACACUCCAGAGCAGAGUUGGAGUUCAUCACAGAGUCUGUGCUUGAGGAGGAGCGCCGGUGGGACACACUGAUGAAGCUGCAGAACUACUAUUAUCUUCUCAUGGAGCCGGAAUGGCGCAAGGCCAAUGAUUGGAUUCAUCGUUCCGCGUCUGGAGAGCUUCACGAGGCUGUGAACAUUGUGGAGAAUUGCUCGAAAAUCAACGUGAGGGACAAAACAUCGCCUGAGAACAUCCGGAAGUUCUUCGAGAGGGAGAUUUUUCCCAACAUCGAUCGGAUGAAGGGAAUCACUCCGGAUCCCGAGCUGCUGAGGAAUGGAUUGGCCACGCUCAAGCAGAAAGUCUUCACAUCUCUAAAUCAGUACAACAAGACGCUUUGGAUCUAUGAGAUUUUCUUGCAUCAGGCGGAGAGAUUAAAUGUGGCCUUUGAGCGCUCUGAGCAGAAUCAGAAGAAGAUGAUGAAGUUCCAGAGUGUCCAGGAGCUCUUUCUCGAGGAGCGAGCCUACUUGCUGAGCUAUGAGGUGAAGCAAGUGAUGGGCAAGCCUCUGGAGAGGAGCAUCAAGAGCCCAACAGCUUCCCGAAUCAAGAUCAAGGCUAUUUGUAAUCAAUUGUACGACUACAUUGUGCCCAGAGAACGUCGGUGCCGCCAAAUUGACGAUCAGAUGGCGUCCAGUGAGAAAUUUGCGAGACUCCAUGACUUCGUGAUGGAACUUCUGCAUCAGCUGGACAGAAUUCCCGUUCCAAUUCUUCAUCGCACAGAGAAGGAGAUUCGCCAGGAGCAGAUGUGUCUCCUGAGGGAGGCACAGAAGGCCGUGGUGAAGCAGAAUCGCUUUCAAUUGCUUCAGAAGCAGAUCCGGGGACACUUCAAGAGUUCUUCCGGGAAGUAAAAAGUCCUUCCGUUGGGCUUCUUAGUAUUAAAAUAGUAUAGAAAAUUUACAUCAAAUCUACAACUGAAUUACUUCAGUUUCACUGCCUGACCGCAUUGCUGACCUCACGGAAGACGA